AAUAAAAUCGCGAAAAUUUGCCUCCUCUUUUUGACAUUUGUUUACGUCUUCGAGUUGAAGUGAAGUCGCUUCAGAGAACUUUUUCUAAUUCUUUAACUUUUUUGUUGUAAACGAUAGGCUCAGUCGAUCUGAUUUGUUAUUAAUGAAUAAUACGGCUGCAUUAUUCGCUUGCUCUAAAUGCUUUACACGGCAUCCCUUCGAGGACCUAUCGGCCGGACAGCAGUUGUGCAAGGAGUGUCGAGGUGCAUUUCCUGUUGUAAAAUGUACUUACUGUAGAUCGGAAUUCCAGCAAUCCAAUAAAACUACCACUAGCACAAUCUGUGCCAAAUGCGAACAGAAUGUCAAAUCAUAUGGGAAGCCAUCUGCAUGUGAGUACUGUAACAUAAUCGCUGCAUUCAUCGGAAAUAAGUGUCAGCGCUGUACAAAUUCUGAGCGGAAAUAUGGGCCCCCAAUCACUUGUGAACAGUGUAAACAGAAGUGUGCAUUUGAUCGCAAGGAUGAUGACAAGAAGCAGGUGGAUGGGAAACUUCUGUGCUGGCUCUGCACGCUUUCUUUUAAACGAGCUCUCGCCAAAACUAAGCAGACAGAUGCUGAGAGAAGAGCUCAGAUGAAACUGAGUGCUCAACGUUCCUCCAAGAACAAAGAUGGAAGGAAUAGAAGUCAUAGUCGACGACCUAAGCGGGUUGAUGUCACGAAAUUGAACCACGGUGGUGACAACAAUAAUUCAGGAAUAGGUGGCAAUGACUCACUAGGUAGUCUUCCACCUCCAGCCAAACUUCAAAAAGUUGCCAAUCAUCGACCAGAACUUGAUCCAAACUCCUCGGACCACGUUGUUGCUAUCACCCAACUCAAAGAACAAAUGGCUUCCCUCCAAAAGCAGGUCACCCAGAAGAAUUUAGCUCUCAGAGAAAAAGAUAAAACGAUUACUGACUUGAAAGCCAAACACUUUACUGAAACAACUGAGCUACGUAACAGAAUGCAGAAAGAAUCAGCCGAGUAUGAUAAGAAAGUCGAGUUCAUGAGUGGUAAAAUCAAGAGUCUUCAGAAAGAAGUUGCAACACUAUCAAAAAGUGGUGGGAAGCGAGGCUCUGGACUUCUUAGCAAAAGCAGUGCAGGAGGCGGAGGUAGUGGCAGUGGAACAGAUAGCCCCUCCAUGGGUUAAUCGCUUGGUUAAGUCUAAUUGAAAUGAUUCAACUUAAACUUUGUUAGUUUUUAUCAUAUUAAUUUAUUCAUUUUAUAUAAAACGCUCAAAUUUAUGGGACUACAUGCAUGGCUUGGCACUUGUGUGGAAAUAGUAGCAAUUUUUCUGAAAAUUUGGCAUUUUCAUCACCAUAAAAUUUUUAUUAUAAAAUUUAACCACUAAAAACAUUUUUGGACUGGGAUGAAAUGAGUUUUACAGAGAGUCAUCCAUGAGUAAAGUCUCAAAGUUUGUAUAAGUCUCCCGCAUGAAGGAACAUAUCUUGUCUGGGCUGUCUCAGUAUUGGAACGAACAUUUUAUUUUUAAGGGAAAACCAUAGCUUGAACUAGUCUCAAAAUUUCCAAGUCUUUUCUCAAAAAGACAAAUAAAUUUUUUUAUCAAUUUCAGAAAAAUGUAUGUGACAGUUUUCCCAUGAACAAAUAAAAUGUAAGUAAGGCUUACUGAAAUAGCGCAAUUGAGAUACUUCCUUCGUGUGGGGGACAACAAAUUGAGCACAAGUAGCCAAGCAGCUCUGAACUUGAUGUGAUCUGAUUUGAAUCAAUUCUCUAAAUCAGUUUAAGUUGAAUCAUUUAAGUCAAAAUUAAUUGUUCUAUUAACACUUGUUCCGAUCAUCAAUUAGGAUAUUAUUUUGUUAAUUUGAAUGUAGGCAUUUAAACAAAUCCAAAAUCUUCUGUAAAAUAUUUUUCGCUGUUCGAUGUUUUCUCCAGCUGGAAAUCCACUUAAGUAUGAAAAAUUAGGUACUGAUGGAGAUUUAGUAACCUUAAAUGUAGUUUAGGACUGUCGUCAGUUUUGUGAAGAUUUUUGUUCAAAAGAUUCUGUGCUCUUGUUGAGCAGGUAUUGCGAAUCAAAUCCUAUCAGCUGCUUGAAAAUAAACCCUCAUGUUCUUAUUUGACAAUAUUGUUUCUACCAAAUUUCAGAAUUUUUUAUCUUUCUCAAAGAAGACUUUGAUUGGGAUUUUUAGGUUUUAACUUUUCAAGGGCAAAACUCCGAUACCGAUACCUUUCUGGUUACCUACUUCGAGUCACAUCCUUCCUUCAAAGUAUUAAACUUUUGCUGAAGAAGAGCACUGUGGUAUGACAGCAAAAAUGUGAAAAUUGUGGGAUUUUCACCUGUUCAUUCAUUCAAAAGUGUAGAAUUAUGCAAAGAGUUGCUAAUUUUAGUGCAGGAAACUGUUCAAUGUGUUGUUUUUUUGCAUAGAAAAGAGUGAUAUACAUUGUAAACGGUGCAUGAUUAUUUGAGAGCUGCGUUAAAGAAUGUUCAAGCAAAGAAGGGUUUGCACCUUUGAUCCCAUAGAUCUCUCAGAUUUCAUACUCUUGAAGAGCUGAAGGUUUGAAGGACUGAGGUGACUGAAGAGUUACAAUGUUCUUUUUUUUUAAAAAAAAAACUGGUUCAUUUAAUGAAUGUAAUUUCUGGUUUAUUUUCACUAUAUUUUUAUCUGUGUGCUGUGCUUUCAUACACAGACGAUAUAAUUAAUCAAAUGAAA